GGAGCCUGGGGGCGGGGCCGGGCCGGGCGGGUGCCCAGAGCCGUCAAGUGAGGGGAUCGAAGCCGAGCAACAGCGGCGACGGCGGCAGCGGAAGAAGACGAGAGCGCGGCACUCGGUGCCGGGUCUCAGUGAACCUGUGAGAUGGCAGUGAUGGAGAUUAUGUGCCAAAGUGCACCAGACUCAGAUAUUGGGCACCAGAAGGAGCUUGCCAAGGGAAAGAGCCAGAUUCCAGCCAAGAAGUUCAGCUCUGUCUGCAAGCUUGAAACUGUGGAGAAGAACCGGGUUUUCUGUGGGCAAUGGGAAAUCCUGAAUGAUGUAAUCACCAAAGGGACGGCCAAGGAAGGCAUGGAAGGAGGAUCGGCCUCCAUCUCUAUCAUCGCCCAAGCAGAAUGUGAGAACAGCCAAGAGUUCAGUCCUACCUUUUCAGAGAGGAUUUUUAUCGCUGGCUCAAAACAGUACAGCCGAUCUGACAGUCUAGACCAAAUCCCCAACAAUGUAGCCCACGCAACGGAGGGGAAAAUGACCCCUGCUUGUUGGAAAGCAAAGCGUCGAAACAAGGCUGGGAAGAAACGAAAGAAGAAAAGCUCCAAGGUGCCAGGCCAGAGGGGUGGACCCUUGGCCAAGCCUCUCCCCAAAACCCCUGAGCAAGAAAGCUGCAUGAUCCCUGUACAGGAGGAUGAGUCCUCAGGCCCAUAUUUCAACAAUAUCCCUCAGUUCGCCAACCCUCCAAAGGAGAUGCUCCACAGCCCAUUGGUUUUUGAGAAAGUUGGAGCAGGCUUGCAUUCAGCACUGAAAACCCACCCUCGAGCUGAACUCCAUAAACUGAUCAGCCCAGUGCAGUGUCUGAACCACGUGUGGAAACUUCAUCACCCCAAGGACUUCAUCCCCCAGCCAGACCUAUCACGCUCUUCCGCCUAUAAGAGACUGCCCCAUCCUUUCCCCUUCUCCCCAUUUCUUGUUCAAAAGCCCAGGCCCUUGGGGACCUUCUUGCUGGGCAACUUGGCCCAUGUAGAAAGCCAGCACCACCUAUCUGGCCUAGGCCUGGAAACUCCCUGCCCAAAGCAUGGCACUUCUGAGAAGCUUUCCGUGGAGGAAUAUCUCGUGCAUGCCCUGAAAGGGAGUGUGAGUGUGGGUGAGCCCAGGAACCUAACCAGCCUCGCUAAGACCUGGCAGGGAGGAGGGACAGGUCACCGAGGCCCAGUACCUGAGACAGAAGAGAAUGAAGGCGUCCUGCUCACUGAGAAACUCAAACCAGUGGAUUACGAGUACCAAGAAGAAGUUCACUGGAUCAAGAGCCAAGACUGCCUGGGCAGAGGUUCUUUUGGGGAGGUGUACAGAAUGGAAGACAAGCAGACAGGGUUUCAGUGUGCUGUCAAAAAGGUGCAUGUCGGAGUUUUUCGUGCAGAGGAGUUAACGGCAUGUGCUGGACUGACGUCACCCAGCUUUGUCCCUCUCUAUGGUGCUGUGAAGGAGGGUCCUUGGAUCAACAUCUUCAUGGAGCUUAUGGAAGGCGGCUCCCUGGGUCAGCUUAUAAAACAGAAGGGCUGCCUCCCAGAAGACCGAGCCCUUUAUUACUUGGGACAAGCCUUGGAAGGGCUGGAAUAUCUCCACACACGAAGGAUCCUCCAUGGAGACGUGAAAGCUGACAAUGUUCUCUUGUCUGGUGAUGGCAGCCGGGCGCUCCUCUGUGACUUUGGCCAUUCUGCUAGUUUGCAGCCUGAUGGCUUGGGAAAGUCCUUUCUUACAGGGAACUACAUCCCCGGCACAGAGACCCACAUGGCUCCAGAAGUGGUGUUGGGGAAACGCUGUGACUCAAAGGUAGAUGUCUGGAGCAGCUGCUGCAUGAUGCUGCACAUGCUCAACGGGUGUCACCCUUGGACCCAGUACUAUAGUCGGCCUCUCUGCCUCAAGAUUGCCAACGAGCCACCACCUGUGAGAGAGAUUCCCCGCUCUUGCACCCCUCUCACUGCUCAAGCCAUCCAAGAGGGAUUGGAGAAGGAGCCUGUCCAGAGGGCAUCUGCCACAGAACUAAGGAGAAAGAUCUGUCUGGCAUUGCAGCAUGUGGGAGGUUUGAAAAGUCCUUGGAGAGGACAAUAUAAGGAACCAAGACAGUUGCCUUCAAACAAAGAGAAUAGCCUAGAAAUACUGGAAUCCUUGUCUUUGCCAAGUAGGCCCAUCCCAGAGGCUCCAGGGCCUGGGCUAGCCAUUGAAACAGUGGGUUUGACCACCAAACUUCAACCACCUUUACCACCGGACCCACCAGAGCGAAAUAAGUUGUUGCCACUGAGGCUGAGCCAGGAGGAGUCUGGGACCUGGGAGCCUCUGCCCCUUUCUUCCCUGGGCCACAUCCCUGCCAAGAGCUCUUGUUCAGGGGAGCGAAAAUCAACCUCUCCAGAUGAGGAACUUCAGCAGCUUGAGAUAGAAUUAUUUCUGAACAGCCUGUCUCAGCCAUACUCCCUAGAGGAACAGGAACAAAUGCUCUCGUGUCUCAGCAUUGACAGCCUCUCCCUAUCUGAUGCUGGUGAGAAGAACCUGUCCAAGGUUUCUCAAAGCUUACGAGAGAACUUCAGCUCUGGAAUCCAUUCAUGGAACAGUCAGGCAGACGGGCAGAGUUUCAGCUGGAACAACCUACUGGGGCGAAGCCGACACGCAGACGUGCCCAGCUAUUUCAACGGUGUGAAAAUCCAAAUCCAGUCCCUGAACGGGGAGCACCUGCACAUACGAGAGUUCCACCGAGCCAAAGUGGGAGACAUCGCCACAGGAAUCAGCAGCCAGAUCCCUGCCUCUGCAUUCAGCCUGGUGACCAAGGAUGGGCAGCCUGUACACUAUGACAUGGAGGUACCUGACUCGGGCAUCGACCUUCAGUGCACCCUGGCUCCCGACUGCAGUUUCGGUUGGACCUGGAGAGUCAAGCAUGGCCAACUGGAGAAUAGGCCCUAGCGUCCCUUCCAGCCCCAGAGCUUGGGAUCCUAGAAAUCAGCCUUGGAAAUGCUGGAAUAAGUACCAGCUUUUGAUUCUGCCUGAAGAGGACAGGUGGACUUGGCCUUCUCCAAGAGACUUGGCAUCUGGUAAUAGGGAUGAAAGUUGGAAACCAGAAAGCUGGUACUUGGAAAUUUCUGAUGGUCCACCCAGCAGUCCACCAGUGUGAUGGAGAAAUGGUGUGUGUGUGUGUGUGUGUGUAGUCAUCUUCACUUGAGUCCUGACUAAAUGAACUGGUAUGGGCCUUGCUGAGUGUGGAGGAGGAAGACAUUUAAAAUCUUCCUUCCUAGGAAUAGAAAGGAGUUCCCUCUCUUGGCAGAGAAAAGAUGCUGUGGCAUGUUCUGCAGCAGUGAAUCACCUUACAGCAAUAGGGAGAGAUCAGCUUUGAAUCUGGAGUUGAAGGGAAAUGUGGGACAGCCACUGUGCCCUGCUUUCCUCCCAGCAGGUAGGUGUGAACAGGAUGACUCUCCAGAAGGUGCUCACCUGUUUCCAGUUACAGGAACUGGUGAGGAGGAUAGGGUGCUUCCUUAAGUUAAUGAGGAGGCUGAGGUGUUCCGUUUUUUUUGCUCCCCUCUGGCCAGGCCGCAUUCCACUGGCUCACCUUCAUGCUGCAAUUAGGACCUUGCAGUGAUACUGAAUCUUCUCUGACUCUCUUCCUCCUAUUUAAAAUGAGAGACUUUCAAAUGCAAAGCAAAAAAAAAAAAUCCCUAAAGGCAUAAACUUCCCAUUACUAGAAUUCUCUUCAUUUUUGGCGGGGAGAGGCAUAUCUAUUUGAGAAGGUAUUUGUGUGACAUGAGUCUCAAUAGAACCAAACUUGUCUGAACCCCACAAUGCCUAGUACAUGUUUUCUGCACUGUCGGUGGUCAGUAAAUGGCCUAUUCAGUGAAUUUCUCUUUCCCACUUCCAUCUAGGAAGCCAGGCUGACUAGAGCUUCAGGUUACAGCAUAUGUGAGAAGGCCUUUACUGUCCCAGGUAGAGGAGUUAGCAUCAUGCAGUUUCAGAGCUCCUUCAUGUACAGCUGACUGGGCAUUGGGAGAGAACCAGGUUUUAUUCCCAGCUCUACCAAUGCCUCUGGGAUCUCAGACACACAACUCUCCCUUAGUUUUCUCAUACGUAAAAGUGGUCGCAGUAAUCACUCGUUUCUAAGGACGUGGUGACGAUGCAGUAAGAUCAUCGAUGUGAAAGCACUUUGCAAAGUGAAGUACCCCCCAAAAUGCCAGCUCAUACUGGUUCUAGCUGCCAGGUCCAGCCAGACCAGAGCCUCAGCCCCUUGAUUUCAUUCACUUGUUUAGUGUCCCACUCAACAGGGACCGACUGGGGCAGGUCGAGGCACUGAGGCGCCUUUGCCAGCUUGGGCCGGCCAAGUCCACGUCCCUCCCAAGCACCGAGAGUAGCACUUUGGGUCCUCAUGCAGCUUUUUUCUCAAAGCACUUUGGCAGCGUUGCUGCCCACUUUGAGGGCAGGUCCGUGUCCUUGUGUCCUCCGACUUUUAUUUUUAUACUUAAACACAUUUCCACAGAUUUCCCACCCACUUCUCACCCCAUUCCCCACCCACCUGGAGGAGGGGCUGAAAGGACUUAAGCCUUUGUCAGGGGCAGAGCAAGGCCUAAGCAUUGACCUUCUGGCUCCUGCCACCUUCCCAUUCUGUUCACUGUGCCCUCGCCAUGUAGCAUUAAGUCAACUAUGAACUGUUUACAUUUAGGAGGAGGGACAGUCAUGAUACCACCAGCCCCGUAGCCAAUCUGGGAUGGGAGCCUCCCCCCUUGGGUCUUUCAUUCUACAGAUGGUCCAUCAGAGGAUACUGAGCCCCCCUCCAAGGCUCUGGCAUGGCUCUAUUCCCACCAGAACUUUCUGUGCCAUCAUGGGCAUAGGAGUGGAGGUAGAUCAAGUUUAGGGGUCUGAGCCUCAAAGCCUGAUGGAUGCGUAUGGAUGAGCAGCAGCAUGUUCCAGUGGAAAGUUUGGAGUCAGAUGACCUCGUUUCAAAUCCUUUCUCUGCCCCUUACUUGGAUGACCCUGUGCAAGUCCCUUAGGCUCUCUGACCUUCAGUCUCGUCAUCUGUGAAGAGACAGUUGGACUAAAAGAUAGCCUAAGGCCCCUAAAUCUAUGACCCAGACAUGUGAAGGAUAUCUUAAGGUCCCUUAAUGUGCUUGCUCUGUGAAAGGAGGGGCAGGAACAUGUGAGGGCCCAGAUUUCUCCAGCCGUUCCACCGGAGUGCAGCCACUGAGAACCCCAAAUGCCAACAGACACUAGUGGUGGAGUCACAGCUGCCCAGAGCCAAGGACACUGGAGAGCAAGUCCUCCAGCCUCAGUACUGCCCUCCUCGCACCGUCAGUGUCAGCAAAGAUGGACUGACUCUUCAGAGUUGGGUUGUAAAUGUUGCCUUUUUUUUUCUUAACAGUAAAGUUUGGAAUGGUGAUUAUUUUCCUA